AUGGCUGAUGAAAUUGCAUCAGCAAUGGAGCAGGAAAUGGUUGAAGAACAGGCUAUAAAGUGCCCAAGGCCUUCAGCAAAGAGGCAAAGGAAAGGAUCUCCUGACGCCCGAGAAGAAACAGAUAAAGAAUGUGUAGACGAUAGUCUUCUGCAAGAUGCACGUAGAAUCAAAGAAAACAUCAGGGUCUACAUGAACGCAACAGACAGGAACGUGAGUGCGAAGGUACAAAAGCACGUUAAUGGGAAAAUUCAGCAGUUAAUAGAUAUAAUGGAGACAAUAUAUGAUAAGAACUAUGAAAAAUCGUUUUUAGUACAACGUGUGGUAAAGGACACAUUAGCUUCCUCUGAAAUGUAUGAUAUCAUAGUAAAUGCAUUAGUGGAAAAAGCAGUACCUAUGGUUAUCGAGGGACUCAAGUCGGAAAGUAAAACCAUACAAAGACCACUGUCAGAACCUCAGACAUCUCGGGAGUUUCCAUGCGUUAAAGAACAACCGCUAUUAGCCGAUGCCCACGCUAUUAUUGAGACCACGGAGAAUGAAAGUUUCCAGGAAAAAAUCUGUGAUGAAGGAGGCAGUGGUGGCGUCUUGAAGGUUCGAAUCGUAUCCUUGAAGAUUGUUGGAGGAUCGAUCGAAUAA